AAAAACAACACACAAAAAGUUGUUGGUUGGGGGAGAUCGUCUAAAAAAUGGCCACAAAUUAAAGUAAAAAAAAACCCCUUUUCAUCUUCUACAAUCCAAAACCCUAAUCUUGAAACCCUAGAGUUUUGAUUUUGAUCCACAAAUGUCAGCAAUUAUACCCAACAUCACCUCGUAUUCGACUCCAGACCCUAACCCUCCACCAUACGCCUUUGGAUUGCACGAUCUAUCUGAAUUGGAGCUUGUUGGAGCUGCAACUGAUGCGCCUCCGCACGAACAUGUCGUUGCGACUACGAAUGAGACUACAAACGCUGUCUUCGUAACAAGACAACUUGAAAAUAUCCUACCCUUUCAAUGUGAGGUAUGUAAUAUUUCUUGUGAUACGAAGGACGUGCUCGAGAAACAUAAACAAGGUAAAAAACACUUAAAAAGGAUGAAAAGGUUAGCCGAUUUAUCUGCCAAUCCACCAAAUAUGGUACCGCCACCUGUUGCAAGUGAAACUGUAGUUGAAGAGUUGGAGAAUAAGAAGCAAAGGCUAUUGAAAAACGGAGCAACGGCUGAAACAUUGCUAUCUUGUGAUGUUUGCAAUGUGAUAUGCAACAAUCAAGAAGGAUUUCAGCAGCAUGUCGCUAGCAAAAAGCAUGCUGCGAAGUCAGUCAUCCAGCUGGCAAGCACGAAUGCAGUCUUUGAUGCCACAUCAGAUUCCAGUGGCGGUGGUUCACAGAAGAAACUCGUCGGCUUUCCAUGUGAAAUCUGCAAAAUCGUUUGCACGAGUGGGGAACUGUUAAACACGCAUAUAGCUGGGAAGAAACACCUUAAGAAAUUAAAAGAAUUGGGCCAAAUACCAAACUUGCCCUUGGCUGCUAUUGCUUCACAGGACACACCGCCUGUGGUAAAUCCAGAGUCCAAUGAGGGCAAUACGGUCAAUUUACAUGGAGCUAUACCGUCAAAUGUGCCCCCGGCUCCUAUUGCUUUACAGGACACACAACCAACCGAGCCUAUGGCAAAUCAAGAGUCCAUUGAGGACAAAACAGGCGAUUUAACCGAAGCUAAAAUGUCUAAUCUGCCCUUGACCCCUAUUUCUUCACAAGACGCACCACCUACCAACCCUAUGGCAAAUCCAGAGUCCACCGAGGACAAAACUGACAAUUUAACUGGAGCUAUCUCGUCAAAUCUGCCUGUGGUAAAUCUGGAGUCUAAUGAGGGCAAAACCGUCAAUUCACAUGGUGCUAACUGGGUGUGUGAACUUUGCGGGAUUAGUUGCAACACUGAGGAAGUGUUGAAUAUUCACCUAACAGGAAAAAAACACCGAAAGAACUUAGAGAAGUCUGAAAAAUUAAUUGGACCGAACCCUGCAGAAACAACAAAGGUGAUUGGACCGUUGCAAGAAAAUGGCGAACGUAUCGGUUCUAAGAGGAAGGGGAAGAAAGGUGGAGGUAAUGAUGACGUGGAGACGAAGAAGCAGAGGGUUUUGCAAAGUGGGACGGCUUCGGAUGCUUUACAAAUUUGUAACUUGUGCAAUGUUGUUUGUAACUCUGAAAAGGCGUUUUUUACUCAUCUUGCUGGUCAGAAGCAUGUUGCAAUGGCGGUAAAACAAGCCGAAACUCAAGCAAGUGCAGCGGGUCAAGAAUCUUGAAGCUUUUUCUCGUUUUGAUGCUGCAAGUCGAAUUUUUAGUAUUUUGUGGUUGAAUAUUUUGGGUUAUUGUAGAAGAAAACUUGACAUGAUUGACCGUUGAUCUUGUCUAUUAGAUAAAUCUUCUUGUUGAUGGUGGUUCUCAAUCUCCUUUGAUGGGUUCAUCAUUGUUGUUAUUUUGGUUUUAAAUAAGAACAAAGGGAAUUUGUCUUUCUA